AAAGCCGAAAACCUCCACAGCAAGUCGGCUACAAAAGAGCCGAGGGUACCGUGGAGGGAGAGGACUGUAUUGUUUAACAAUUAAUAUUUUAAACCAGGAAAAGAGAGGCUUUGCUUGGACUUUGUAAAUUUGUGGAAUAUUGCCUGUGCAGUGCCUGGGACCCAUUAAUUUGCUGGGAAUCUAGGUAGGAAUCGACAAUUCAAGGAAUCGAUCUAAUUUUUGGCAGGAAAGUAAACCGCUUUAAAAUGGCAACCGCCGCCCUCUCCAGGCGCCCAUAGACCGAGAGCGGAUAUUCCACAGCUCCAUGUGUCCACAGAGGUUCUCCUAGCAGUAUUCCUCCUCCUCCCCAUUCUGUUCCCUCCUUCCUCAUCCUCUUCUGUCCUGUGGAGGCAUCAUGUCGGCAGCCCAGACCCAGAAGGAGAGCAGUGAGGUGGGCUGGGGUUGUUUGGAAGCCCUGGGCCUCAGUCAGAAGGAGCUAGUCCUAGCUGAGGCCCUGCAGAUGGAGUAUGACGCCCUUUCCAGACUCAAACAGGACAAGGGGAGUACUGGCAGUACUGUUGAAGCCAGCCCUCGAGUGGCAACCCAAAGUGGCUCAAAGACAGCUCCCAAACCCUCUGUGUCAUCCAUAGAGCGACCUCGACCUGUGCCCACUCGACCUAUCCCAAGCCCGCCGGGAGGAAGUCUUCUGAGGGGGCUUUCUGGAUCUGACUCAUCGUUGAACCAGCCUGGAGAGUCCCAGUUGCCACGGUCCAUUCCAGCUAGGGCAACCCCUCCUCGUGGAGGCUAUGUCAAAGAGCCUUUGUACAUCCUGGACAGUCCAGAGGUGCGCAAGGGUGAGGACUAUUCAGGAUCCAGCUACGGAGACUCAAUUGGAUUAGGGUUUGUCCCCAAAGGCUUCCCCCCUCUUCCAGAUGACCCUCCCCCUGCCAUUCCACCAAGAAAUCCCAUUCUCCCUUCUUCCAGAUCAGAAAACCCCUUCCUCCCACCUCGUGGUUCAACAAUACCCAGGGAUGUCAAUCUGUUCACCCCAGAGGUGGAUCAGCCCAAAGUGACUUCAGGGGAGUUCAACUACGACAACCUCAAUGACUCUCUGUCCCGACUCAAUGGAGAUCGGCAGGUUCCACGGGGCCGGAGGGCCAAUGGGGACCAAGGAGGCAAGCCUGUGGCCCGGAGUAAGACUCUUCCCCCUCAGGUACCACCUAGGACUUAUGUACCUGUUCCCAAGAGCAACAAAAACCAGCGGCGAGUGUCUGCAGACCCGGUAUCCUUUGGAUCCAGAAUGAAUGGAUUUGGCUAUGAGCUCUUCCAAGUGUCUGAAGAAAGAGACGAGGAGGUGGCCGCCUUCUGUCAUAUGCUGGACGUCUUGCGGUCAGCCUAUCCAUGCAGCGAGCGUUUGAAGAAUGCCGGCUUUGUGUGGUCGCCUUCAGUCGGCCAUGAGGAGCUGCAGCAGGGCCUGGGGGUCAGCGUCAAGGUCACCGUUAUCAGCGAACACUUCAGAGAACCACUCACCUUCACCUGCGAUGGCUCCUCCACUGUUGACCUGCUGAUCUACCAGACCUUGUGUUAUGCCCAGGACGACUUGGACCACGUCGACGUGGAUGACUACCUGCUGAAAGUCUGUGGACAGAAUGAGUUCCUUAACAACUCAGAGACAUUGGCAGGUCUGGAGUACAUCCAGCAGUGCCUCAAGUUUGACUGGGACAUCCGUCUCUUCCUCACCAAGAGGUCAUCCAUCAACACAGAGCUGGCUCGCACGGAAGAAGACGAUGAGACAGCCUCCAGCUUGAACCACAGCAUCCUGCUGCAGGAGCGUCCCAUCAAACAGACGGUCACCAGGGAGGCAUUGACAUUACUGCUAGACACCUUUCACAAUGAAGCUGAAUCCUUCGUGCUCUCAGAGGUGGAAAUGCCAUUGCAUGUGGAACGCCUUGUCCAAUCAGUGAAGGCGCUGUGUAGCUCAUUAGCUGCCGUGGAGACUCCUGACGUGACUUCUGCCCUCAAUCAACUCCCAGCAUGCCCCUGUCGCCUGCAGCCUAAGGUCCAAAAGGAUGCUUCAGUUCUUGCUGUGAGAGAGAACAGAGAGAAAGUGGUGGAGAAGUUGACUGCAGCCAUUUUGGAUCUGGUGGAGCUGUACUGUAGCACCUUCAACGCCAACUUCCACACCACACCACAGAGCCACCGUUGCACUGCACCCAUUCAGGAGGCCGGACUCAUCACCAAUGUUCUGUCAUUCAGCGUCUACGCCGCCCACCGCAUUCCCAUCACCUGGGCUGCAAGCUAUGAGGGCUUCUUCUUGUCCUGCUCUCUGACUCAUGGAGGGGUGGAGCUCUGCGCCCCGCAGCACACCAGCAAGCAGUCGGUCAGCAAAUACCUCUUCCACCUGGUUGUCUGGGAUCAAAGGGUCUGUUUUCCAGUCCAGAUCAACCAGUUGCCUAGGGAGUCCCAGUUGACGGUGACGUUGUACGCCAGCGCUCUGCCACCUCCAGGGGGAGCGGAGGAGAAAGGGAAGCAGCGUCGCAGCAUUGAGGCACUGGGCUGGGUCACCAUGCCCCUGUUCAACUUCAGGCAUGUCCUGACGUGUGGCAGGAAGUUGCUGGGUCUGUGGCCUUCCACUGCAGGAAAUGGAAAUGCUCGCUCCAGCUCACCCAACUUCAGCCAGCCUGACAGCGUCAUCCUGCAGGUGGAUUUCCCCACCUCAUCGUUCGAAGUUCGUUUCAGCACCCCGGCCCCAGCUGAUUUCUGCCCGCAGUAUGACUUCUCCAGACUUGACACCAUCAGCCAGAUCCAGCUACAGGACGUCCUGCACAAGAAGUCCCUCUUCUGGUUGACAGCAGAAGAUAAGCGUCUGCUGUGGGAGAAGAGGGCUUUCUGCCAAGCAGAGAGUGCUGCGUUGCCCUUGGUCCUCGCCAGUGCACCCCGCUGGGAGUGGGCGUGCCUGCCCGACAUCUAUGCUCUGCUACGCCAGUGGGUCUGUCUCAGCCACCUGGAUGCCCUUGGACUCCUCCAUGCCUCGUUCCCAGACCAGGAGUUGAGAAGGACUGCAGUUCAAUGGAUGGACUCCAUUUCAGACGCAGAGCUGCUGGAUUUCUUGCCUCAGCUGGUGCAGGCUCUGAAGUAUGAGUGCUACCUUGACAGUUCAUUGGUUCGCUUCCUGCUCCGGCGAGCCAUAGGGGAUAUUCGCAUCGCACACUACCUCUUCUGGCUACUGAAGGACGCGCUGCAGGACAGCCAGUUCAGCGGCAGGUACCAGCACCUCCUGGCAGCCCUGCUCUGCUGUGUGGGCAGAGGCCUCAGGGAGGAGUUUGACCGUCAGUGCUGGCUGGUCACCAUUCUGGCCAAGGUGGCUCAGAAAGUACGAGACACAACAUCCAGCAGACAGACUGUCCUGAGGGAGGGUCUGGAGGAGGUUAAACAGUUUUUCUCAGUCAGCAGUAACUGUCGACUGCCCCUCAACCCCGCACUGGUAGUCAAAGCCAUCAACAUCCAGUCAUGUUCCUUCUUCAACUCCAAUGCCGUGCCUCUCAAGCUCUCCUUUCAAAACCUAGACCCAAAAGGAGACAACAUCAGUGUCAUCUUUAAGUCAGGGGACGACCUGAGGCAGGACAUGCUGACUCUGCAAGUCAUCCGCAUCAUGAACAAGAUCUGGAUCCAGGAGGGACUGGACAUGAGGAUGGUUAUCUUCAGAUGUUUCUCCACUGGUCGGGGAAGAGGCAUGGUGGAGAUGAUUCCCCAUGCCGAGACACUGAGGAAGAUACAAGUUGAACACGGAGUUACUGGUUCUUUCAAAGACCGACCACUGGCCGACUGGCUGCAGAAACACAACCCCACCGAUGACCAGUAUGAGAAGGCGGUAGAGAACUUCAUCUACUCAUGUGCUGGCUGCUGUGUGGCAACAUACAUCCUGGGAAUAUGUGACCGCCAUAAUGACAACAUCAUGCUAAAGACCAGUGGCCACAUGUUCCACAUCGACUUUGGCAAGUUCCUGGGACACGCCCAGAUGUUCGGCAACAUCAAACGGGACCGCGCACCAUUUGUGUUCACCUCUGACAUGGCCUAUGUUAUCAAUGGAGGCGACAAACCUUCCAGUCGCUUCCACGACUUUGUGGAUCUCUGCUGUGAGGCCUACAACCUGAUCCGCAAACACACACACCUCUUCCUCAACUUGCUGGGCCUGAUGUUGUCAUGUGGCAUCCCAGAACUAUCUGACUUGGAGGAUCUUAAGUAUGUCUAUGAUGCCUUGAGACCCCAUGAAUCUGAGGCUGAUGCCACCAUGUACUUUACCAGGUUGAUCGAGUCCAGUCUGGGUAGCGUGGCCACCAAGCUCAACUUCUUCAUCCACAACCUGGCUCAAAUGAAGUUUGCUUCAUCAGAGGAGCGUCCAGUGCUUUCCUUUGCACCAAGGGUUCAUACAGUGAAGAGCGACGGCCUCAUCCGCAACCUAUAUGUCUGCCGCCAUGUCCGCACAUACAACCCCAGCAAAGGCUAUGCCUUUGUGGUGAAGGUGGAGAGGGAAGGCCAGCAGGGGGCAGUGUUGGUCCAGAGGAGUUUUGAAGAGUUUCAUGAACUACACAGCAAACUACGGCUCAUUUUCCCAUCCUCUAAGCUACCCAGCUUCCCUAGCCGCUUUGUGAUUGGCCGUUCGCGGGGCGAGGCAAUGGCUGACAGGAGGAAAGAUGAGCUAAACGGUUAUGUCUGGCAUCUGGUCCAUGCCGCACCAGAGAUUGCCCAGUGUGACCUCAUCUACACUUUCUUCCACCCUCUGCCAAGAGACGAGAGACCAGGGACUGUGGUCAACACCCUGCAGAAACCAGCUGAAAUGACCUGGUCUCCAGUUUCAGGGAAGGAGCUCGGCGAGGUCAAACUCUCCAUUUCCUACAAGAGUGACAAACUCUUCAUCAUGGUCAUGCACAUCCGAGGCCUGCAACCCCUGCAGGAUGGAACAGACCCAGACCCCUACGUCAAACUCUACCUCCUCCCAGACCCGCAGAAGACCAGCAAGAGGAAGACCAAGGCGGCACGACGGACCUGCAACCCCACCUACAACGAGAUGCUGGUGUACGAGCGUAUCCCACUGGGCGACCUGGAUCAGAGGGUGAUCCACCUUCGGGUGCUGGGCGACGGGGCCUUCUGGGAGAACACCUUAUUGGGAGAGACCUACAUCGCCCUCAAGAAGCUGGUACCUGGCCAGCACUGGGUGGACUGGCACCAACUGGGCACAGCGGGCACAGAGUCCACUCGCUGAUGGAGACAAGAUAGCUGGAGGGAAAUGUGUGUGUGUCCUCACAAGGAUGGAAAGUUGAGGACAACAAAAAAUGUGACAGCUUGGCCAAUCCUUACGUCUUCAAGGGACUAGUUUGAGUUAAAGCUUUGGUUUAAGGUUAAAGGUGCUACAUGUACCAUGUUAACAUGGAUAAAUCAUUGCAUUACAUUCAUUUUGAGACAUAAGUGUAAUUAGACCAUCGCUAAAAAGAUUGGCAGCCACAAUCUUGCUCCACUUGCACUGGAACUACAUAGUCUCAACUUUACAUUGGCUUACCAGGAUUUGCUGUAAUCAAGGACUGUUGGGGCUUUCCACUGAACUCAGAACUGUGUAUUUUAAAAUACACUUUUUCAUUUCUAACCACUGAUACUGUGUAAUACUCUGCAUCUAUAAUAUGCAUCAGGGUUUUUAACAGCCAAGUCAAGCUCCUGUCGAAUACUGUAAAACUUCAGUUAAAAGCAGAGUCAGUCAAGUCAAAACAGUUUUGAUAUGUCAGGCUAUUAUCCAACCAGUUUUAACACCUAUAAUAUUAUACAACUGUACAAUUGAAUAAAACAUAAUAACCAAUUAUUUUGCACAGAGAUGUCAGCACUCAGAUGUGCCUAAGUGUGCUCUUGAGUGCAUGUAGAUUCUGUUCUUACCAAAGAACAAAUCUCAAAUAAGAAAACGUGAGUGAAACUGCAUAAGUGGGUUUUAAGAAGUUUUGUCUAAAGACCGGUUGGUGAAUGAGGCCCGUAGUUUUUCUCCCUCUUGCAGGCGUCCAUGUCAUUUGUAAUCGAACACAUUCAGCACGGAGUUGGGAAGCUCCAACUCGGAAGUCAGAACAUCUGGCACACAGUGGAAAGCUCCAUGUGGUUGGCUCUUAUCCUUCUUGCUCAAAAGUAGGGUCAAGUAGCAACAUCCUCUUUACAGGAAAUGUGGUCAUAAUUAUGAUUUACACACAAUGUUACAAGUAGCAUCUUUUAAGCUGCACUAGGCAUGGUUUUUACAUAAAAAUACUGUCAUGUCGUAAGUCAGUGGAGCAGCAACAGAGAAGAGUAUCCCCCAUAGAUUGACUGUGUUUGCCCAAAUCAAACUGUGGCCAGGGACACUUUGACUGUAAAAGGAGACUGACUGCACUCAGUCAGUUUACCCUGUGAAACCUGAGCAAAUUUAUUUCUUUCAGAAAUUGGAGAAGCACAAAAUUACUGGAACAUUAAGUUAAAUUAGAAAAUAGUUCCCAAAAAACAGAAAAUUACCAGGAAGUUAGCUGAACCUUUGCACAAAAAACACAAGAUAAAAAAAAAUAACCAGAAAACUAUAUAAUCAUUAAAAUGAUAUAGUUAAAAGUCAAAUCAGUAAAACUGGACUGACGUCAAAAUUCUUGUAAUCUCAGUGUCUCUGCCAUGGCGUCAGUAUGGUCACUGUUUGGAAAUCUUCUCCACACCCAGCAUUAAUAAUUGAGUGAACACUCCAUGGCCAUCACCACCUCCACUCCCAUCACAUAUGAAGAGGCAGACAUUUAUUUCUCUGUCCUCACCUCACAGGGCUUCUGGGUGAUGAAGUCUAAUUCAGCUAACUAAUUCAAACAGUCUCCGCUGCCACUUGAUGCCACAGAAUUGUGGAAUUGCCUAGUGUAGCUUUUAGGUUAGGAUUAGGAUUGGGUUUAAGGUUAAAGUUAAGUUAGGGUUUGGAAAUGAAUUUCAGUCAAUAUGAGGUUAGUAAUACAAAACUAAUGGUGUGUAUGUAUACAUUUCUUUAUUGAGUUUUACCUUAUGUCCUCGACUGUUCACUCAGAUACAACAAAAAGAAGAAGAACCCCUCAUUCUGGGUCGGUGGGGAAAAUGCUUCUCUACAGUUUCUACCACUUUUUAAAAGCAUUACUGUCCAGAUAAUCGAAGCCUUUCCUAAGUUUAGCAUGGGUCUCAGUCCAGUGUCGUCGAGUCCGUCCACAAACCCAGCAAGAAAGGACUUUAAAUAACUAGCCAGCCUUAGGAAGUCCAUUCUCUUUUUUAAGUUAUUUUUUUUUUCAAAUGUUAUUUCUCAUUUGGAUGUUAAUACAGCUCAAUUUUGAGCUUGGUUUGGUGUGUGACACUGAUUUGUUUAAUUUAAUUUAAUUUUAGUUUGUUUUUACUCUUGUGCUCAUUGCCCAAAUGUGUUGACAUAGUGGUGAUAUGUGGAUUUGGACAGAAUGAGUCUUUCAGAGUUGAAAGAGUGACAUUAUGGUUGUUUUUAUACUAAUGUAGGUUAAUAAACUACCUACCUAUAACCUGCCUAUGGUAUGGGAUGACCGCUACAGCCCACAGAAAGCAGAGACUCUUUUGUGGCGUUCUAUGACUUACGUUGCUUUUAUCGUCUUUGCUGGUGGUCGUAGCCGAUCUUUAGUUUAGUGCUUGGCUGUGUAAAAUGUACUGCUGCAACUCUCUCUCUGUCCUGAGGGAAAACUCAUUUGAGUAGAGUCAGAGUAGGUGUUGCAAACACACAUCACACCUUGUUUUGUGUUUUCAGCACAAAAAAAACCUGGUAUGAAGAGGAGAUGUUUCACUUGUGUAUAUACGGCAGCUUUAGCAUAUUUGUUGCUAUUAAUGAGUAGCUGUUGUGCUAAAGUUGUGUACAGUGUAAACUUAUUUAGCAACUGACGCUGAUGGUCGAUGUCUACCCAAGUACAUGGAUUGCGUUGUUCCUCUACUUUUAGCAUUUCAAAUGUAGCGCUGUACAUUGAAACUAACCAAGAUGUAGAAUAUUUUUCUUAUAUCAUCGGGAGAAUAUGAAGAAGCUGAGAUGCUUAUUUGUGGAUUUGGUUUCAUAUCAAUGCUUUAAGUAUUAUCCCUUUGCAUGAGUGCUUCUUGUUCGUAUGUGUGGGUGUGUCUGGGAAAGAUGGAGAGAGAAUACACUGAUUCUCAAAUCCUGAAAGUGCAUGCAGUGCUGUUUUGGUAUCAGUUAAAACACCUUUGUUCCCUUUCACUCUGCAUUUUGAACUUAUAUUGAGAGUCAUAAAAGUGUGAUGCAAAAAUCGGAGGAGCAGAAAUCUUUAUGAUUGCUGUUGUGUAUACAUGACAGGAAAAAAAAAUCUAACUCGGAUUCCUCUCCAAGUUUUUGCAAGAUUACUGUUGCAACUUGAUUUGGUUUUGGCCUCAAGGCAUGACUCACUGAUUGGAUGAUACAUCAUGUUUUUGAUGUGCCGGGUUUAGUUUUUGGCAGGUUAUGCAACUCUAGAACUGACUUGUCCUCUCCUAAUGCAAACAAUAACAGCUUCCAGAUUAGAAAAGCUGCUUGUGUUGUUUGACUCACAGUCAAAUGUCAAAAUGUGAAAUUUGACUGGUAGUCAAAAUAUGCAAACUGAGGCUUGGUUACUGAGAAGCACCAGUAAAUGUUUUUAUCACACUGGUGUCUUUAACGAUAAAUGGUCGCCUUGUACCAGCACGCUCUGCAGAGGAAUCACAUUAUCCUGAUAGCUUGAAGCUUUUUAAUUCCCCAUGUUUGACUCAUUGGAGCACAGACUAACCGUUCUUACACUUUGUUCCUAUUUUAAAUCACGUUGCUUUCGUUAGAAUUUUUAUCCCUCUCAAGAAUGCUUUCUGACAGUUGUGAUUUCACAGCCAUUCUGGGUUAAUCAUACGUCAAGGAGCACUGGAAAUUCAUGGCAAAGUUAACAGCUUUUUCCAAGUGGAAAACGUUUGGAGUUUUGUUUUGCAAUGAAAUUAAAGCCUCAGUGUCAGUUUUUUGGCAAAGUUAGCAUAGGGACAUAAGUUUGGUUUUUCAGAAUCAAGCUCCUGUGAUUUUUCGGUUAAUGCCUCCUUUCCUUUUAGAAAAAAAAGUGUUUUGAUCAUAUAUAGAUAUCUCUGAGCUAUAGUUUAAUACCUAAAAUAGUUGAAGGAUCAAAUUGUGUCCAGAGACCACUUGUCAUGUACUUCACAGAUCAGUAGUAUGGCUUUUGGAAAUAACACGAGAUGGAAAGGAGUCAAGGGCAGGGAGCUAUUUGGAGUGACUGAGAGCUGGCCAGAGAGUCAGAGAAAGUUUGAGGUAGCAAAAGGAAGGGAUUUGAACCCUCACCCCCUUUGAGAAACUGAGAAAAGGGGAUGGAAUGUAAGUUCAAAAUGAACUGGAUCUUAUGUACUGUACAUAUGACUGAAUAUGAAUAUGUGAUUUGAUUUCUCCAAUUCAGCAUAGUUUUAUCCUACUUUUUAUUUAGAUUCAAAAGAAAGGCUGUAUUGUGUACCUUUAAUUUUUGAACAUGUUUUGUAAUAUUAUUUGAACUACAAAAUAAACUUGAAU